GGAAAACGCGGCGGCUGAGCGGGGAAGCGGACGGAGCGAGGCGCCGCUGUCAGCAGCAGUUACCGUUAGCUUACUUUGUGGAGCAGAAGGACGCUACUUUGACAGUUGAAGCCGCGGACGGCGCACAGAUGGAGCUGUCGGCGAUUGGAGAGCAAGUGUUCGCCGUGGAAUCAAUCGUGAAGAAAAGAGUUCGGAAGGGGAACGUGGAGUAUCUGCUGAAAUGGAAAGGAUGGCCUCCAAAGUACAGCACCUGGGAGCCUGAGGAACACAUCCUGGACCAGCGCUUGGUGCAGGCCUUCGAAGAGAAAGAACAGAAGGACCGAACUCUGGGUCACAGGAAGAAAGGAUCCAAAUCCAAACGACUCCUUCUAGAGAACACCGUCUACACCAUGGAUCUCCGCAGCGCUCACAAGACUCCAGAGAAACCUCCGCCUCGCCUGCGACUCUCUCUGACUCGCUCUCUGGUCCCUGAGGACGAGGAUCAGCCGUACGAUGACUGCAGGCAGGGCCCAGGACCACAUCUGGCACAUCGAAAAAGCAAACAGAGGAGGUCGCAGUUCAGAUGCCUUAACUCCAACCCUCCAAGUCCUACACAGGAGGACUGGGAAGGGUGGGAAGAGGAAGAGGAAGAGGAGGAGGUGGAGAACAAUGUGGAAGAUGAUGAGGACAGAGAAGAGAAAGAGGAGGCUCAAAAGGAGACGGCAACGAAGAGAGACAGCAUUUUACAUGGGCAGGAGAGGACAGGCGACUGGAGCUCCGCCACCCGACCGGUCGAGGUUACUGCAGCAGAGAAGCCAGACGACGUCUGGAGGCCCGUCAUCCGUCCAGGAGAGGUGACGGUCACGGACGUCACCCUCAACUCCCUCACGGUUACUUUCAAAGAGUCAAGAGUCGCCAAAGGCUUCUUCAGAGACUUGGGCCUGGAGGUGUGAAUGCACUGCAGUGGGAGCAGGCUGGCAGUGAAGGCACCGUGAGAGGGAGGCAGAGGCACUGACUUAAUCACAGUGUGCGAACGGUGGUCGAGGGUUUGGUGUUUUCACUCCUUUUUUUCACCCUCCCUCUCUGCUCCUCCAUUGCCAGCUGCCUCCAGCCUGGUGAGUGGUACGUUUACAUGCACAGAGUCACCUGAAUAUGAACUUUAUUUAGAAAUGGUACUUAAUACCUACAGCAAGUUGUCACUUCUCAUGGCGACCAAAGAAAACGGAAAAAGGUGGGCAGCCGGCUGCAAUUAGUUCAAACAGCAUUUCCUCCUCAGAAAGAAAUUAGUUUGGUAAUAGUUCCAACUGAAACAUCCGGUGAAGAAAUAAUACUGUUUAUCACAGCACUAAAUCUGGGACAAAUCUGUUUUGGCUCGUUUCAUAUGUAAAACAAAAUGUGCAACCCAAGUAUUGAGGCACAGUCACAAAAGUGGAAGAACAAAUGUGAAGAAGGUGCAGACUUUAGCUGAGGAUUAUUUUGAGUUAGCAGGAUGCACGCUGCCUGAACCACACUGAUCAAUAGAUAAGUAUUAACAACCUUUGACAGUUACAAUGUAACAAACUGGAAAUACAGCAUUAGCGUCAUUAUUUAAUAGCCACAUCUUGUUUAUCCUGAAUUACAGCCUUUGUGAUUGCAUUGUUUCAAGUUGAGACUUUCAUUGAAAUGAAUUGUUCAGCCCUAGCGAACAAGCUUGUUAAUGCUCAUGCGUCUGUAUCAGAGACAAACAGAAACCCGCUUAUCAAAACGAUUCUUCUUAAAGCUACAAGAGAUCAAAAACUCCACCAGGUACCUUUAAAGCAGCUAACAGAUUGGGCAUCAUUUUACCAUGACAGAUUCAGCAAACUAUAUGAGUUUGCAUGAAUUUCAAUUUUGCGAUCACUGACUAUAUGAAUGAUGGCCGUAGGUACAUCUUGCUCUUUUGUAACCAGAUGUGACAUAAGGGACAAUCUGACUGAGAUUCGAGUACAUUACACGUGCCCAAAUGUUAGUGACUCACAAGAUAGCGCCGCCAUAAAACAUACCCUGCUUUAUCAUCUAUUUUACUGUAUAUGGGGCCAUAAUUUACUAAAUAAACAUCAUGCUCUAUUGAAGGAAAUUGAGACCAUAAACUCUUUGGGAAAAGGUUUACUGUGGUAGUAAAUCAGGGACAAGUCGAAUCGUUUUCUCAUAGUUAUAUAUACAAUCUGACUUCUUUUAGCAACCAGAGGAGUCGCCCCCUGCUGGCCCUAAGAAAGAAUGCAGGUUUGAGGCUCUUUUCAUUCAGACCUGGAGGCUACAUCCUUCUUUUAUACGCAGUCUGUGGUUAAAAUCCUUAUUCUGAACCUUAUUUUGCUCAUAAGCAUAGUAGUUUGAAAGUAUAAAGUAGCACAAAACUGGAAACUGAAAUGCUGGAAAUCUUUAGAUCUGCUUUAAAAGUCAGCACUUAAAUGCACUUUGUUAGUCGUUACUCUGAAUCUUUGAGUAUAGAAUGCUAACGAGGUACUAUUAAUAGUCAUGGGAAGAUCAAGUAAGAGCCCUCUGUGCAUGUAAACUUGCCACUGUUUGUCAUCUCUCUUCCACACUACACUAACCAUACCGGACUCAGAUCUUGUACAUACUGCAAACUACAGUGAUGUGGGAAUAGCUGUGAGUCCCAUACUAACACGCAGUGCUGUACCUGUAACCUGUAAACACAUAGACUGUUACGACUGUACAACACGUGGCUUAGUCUUGUAUGCGUUUCAAAGUCCUCUUAGAGAUCAUUUGAUCCGCCUGCAUGCCUUUCUCCUCCAGUACAGAUAACGCAAAGACAGACAGCGUAGUCUUCUCCGUACACGUAGUUGUUCAUCUCAAAGUAUACAGCCCAUCAUACCAGUGACAAAUAAAUCUUGCACCAAAAUGUAGAAAUGAGAGAGAUUUGAUGACAGAAUGUAUUAUGGAAUUGCACUGUAGAGUUUGUGUCCACUGGGGGGUAAAGACUGACCAGCAGACCAACAUUCUAAUGCUUGACAUUUCAUACCAACAUCCAGUAGCUUUAAAUCAGAUUAUAUCACGUCCAGAACAGUGACAAGGAUUCAGUGUUUCUCCCAGAGGAAAGUCCUCAUUUAGAUGAUUAUGAGACAAUAAAACUCUCCACUAAAAGCCAGACAAAGACGUUUAGUUUUAUUACUUCUAUUGCACUUGAACUAAAAAUCCCAAACUUUGCAGGACUGGCAAUUAUUUUAUAAAACACACUAAAGUCUUAGAAGGGCGAUGUUUUUAGUUAAUUGACAAUCAGCUGGCAGGCUUGAACUUUUAAUAAAAUAACAACACCUCACAACUUACAAUUAGCUAAUGAAGUGGAGACGAGCAGAGCUUUACAAACAGACUUGAUCUACAACAUGGACUAAAAAAGAAGGAUGGACGUUUAGUGGGUCCAUCAAAGCUGUGUUCCACAAGCUUGAAAACAGAAGUAAACAACGCUUUAUGUUGUUUAAGUAAACAGAAAUCCACUCGCUUUCUCAGUCUUUAAAUUGGCGGUUGGAUUAGAUGUUAAAUAGACGUUAAACUGUACUGAGGUGAAGUUAGAUACACUGGAUAGAAAUUCACUCCAGAUGGAGGGCGACCUUUUAACUCGGUUUGCUCUGGUGUUGGCAGGACGAGGACGUUAGCUCACCGCUGAACUCUCAUUCUUUGCCACAGAGGUUUCACUUAGGGACCAUCAAUAUAUCACAGGUUGAGUGACACAGUAAACUACCACUGCAUAAACUUAUGCUUAAAUAAUUACACAAGAUUACAUUUAAUUAUACUAUUAUUAUACUAUCUUAAUGUGUGUCACAAAUAAGACACACCUUUUAUUUUGGGGUUUUGGUUUAAUUUGCUGAUUUGAAGCUGACAACAGAAAAAGCAUGUGGAUUUCUUUUUUUAAAAAAUCAAACAAUGCAAAAACAAAAAUCCUGUUAUCAAACAAGUUGAACACAGCUUUGGAUAUAGUGUACGUGGCGUCUCGUUCAAUGGAUGGAUGAAGGAGUUGACAAAACAAUCUCAUUUAGGAUCUGUUCUGAAGCUUUCACGUGUUUCAUAUGAUCUGAUUGAGUUUGCUCAGUCGUCAGGGAAAUGUAGAUGUUGGAAUGUGUAUUGAUUUUACAGUUGGACUCUUAAAGUUCAAACUUUACAUAUGAAGCAUCCAUCCAUCCAUCAGCUGCUUCAUCCUGUAGAGUUUUACAGGAGGCUGGAGCUCAUCCAGUGAGAGGACUGACCCUGGACAGGUUGUCAAUCCAUCACAGGGUGAACACAGAUGCAGACAACCAUAAACACUCACACCUACAGCCAGUUCAGAAUCACCAGCUAACCUACUAAACAUGUCAUUGGACUGUGGGAGGAAGCAGCAGGAAAUAAACCACACAGGGAGAAUGUGCAAACUCUGACUCUGACUGUGUUAACUGUAGAUACAUUACAGCCACACAAAUCCAAACAGAUGUUGUAGUAAGUCAUCAUGGACAUUCUGCUCAACCGUCUCUGAUUUGCUUCAAAACUAUGGAUAUUUAAAAUUGUUUCCUUGGAAUUAUACUUCAACAUAAGUGCUUUCUCAGAUAUUUUUUUUCUUAAAAAUGUCCGUCGACCCACUUUCGACAUAAACAACAACAUUCUAUUUCUAGUUAAAUCUUAAAAAACAUUUUGACUUUGUGGAACAAAUUCUCAUCCCGGCUCAUUCAUUUAUGAAAGUUCUGCAAAAGUAAUGUUCUUUUCAAUUUUGUGACCACAUAUUACAUAUUAAUAAGUAAUCUGUAUGUUUUAUUUUGUAUUAUUGUAACAUGCAGUUACGUGUGAUUCACAAAAUGUCACUAGUUCUGAAUCAUUCAUUUGUUAAUGCCUACUUAGAGAUGAGACUUUCCAUUAUGGCUUCAGUUUUUCUUUCACAUUUCAACUCCCUCAUAAUCAGAGACUACUUGCAGAAUCUGAAUCAAUAACAUGAUGAGAAAUUUCAGAGCACUUCAAGCUUUUAUAUUGUUUAAACAUAGCCUAAAGUUUUUUUUGCACAAAAAAAAAAUCAUGCUGAAAGUGAAUCAACCUGCAAUUUUUUUAAUAAGA